CCAUCGUCUCCAACGUACUACUUCUCCAUAAUAAAUCCUCCUGCUCACACUCAAAAUCAGUCACCUCUCUCUCUCUCUCUCUCUCUAGUUCUCUCUCGCUUCCUUAGCUAUGGCGAUCGAGUCCCUGCAGCUCUCCAUCCUCCUAGUAGCCAUCUUCUUCUCCCCCUCCGCAACCACAACCUCCAUGGACGAAGCUCUCUCCGCCUCGCCGCCAGAGUCUCAAGCUCAGCAGCAAGAGCUCAUCCCCGAGUCCCUCUCGCCGACCUCGCUCUUCGAGCCCAUCCUCUCUCACCUCGGCUUCCACGACCUCGCCAUGGCGGUCCCCUCGCUCACCGACUCGCCGUCGUUCACGACGUGGAACGGACCUUCCACCCUCUUCGCUCCGUCCGAUUCCUCCAUCGUGUCCUGCGCCUCCUGCUCCAUCCCUCGCAUCCUCAGCGAGCACAUCGUCCCCGGCCUCUUCAGCUUCAACUACCUCCAGAAGCUCGCCUUCGGCACCAAGGUCGAGACGAUGAGCUCCGGCCACUGCCUCACCAUCACUUCGGGCACUCAUCAAGCAACCAACACCACCAGAAUCUUCAUCAACGGCGUCGAGAUCUCUCAUCCCGACAUGUUCAGCAACGGAGUCGUCGUCGUUCACGGCCUCGAAGGCUUCAUCGCGCCACUGUCUCCUUUCUCCUGCAGCGUCGAGAAGAUGACGUCUCUGGCGUUUCCGUUCCUGCCGCUGGUAUCCUCCUCUCCUUCGCCACUCAUGCGCCUGAUGCUGCGCGACGCGGUGCUGCGACUCCGGACCAGCGGAUUCGGCAUUCUGGCGCUCGCCAUCAAGAUCAAGUACUCCGAGCUGGCGAAUCUCCAAAGCGCGACGAUCUUCACCGUUGACGACAUCUCGAUUUUCACCGGCGCUCAGAGCUACGUCAGCAACGUGCGGUUCCACAUCGUGCCGAACCGAUACCUCGCCAUCGCCGACCUGGAGAGGCUUCCGGCGGGGACGCUGUUGCCGUCGCUGGAGAGAGGGCAGUAUCUAGCGGUGACGACGGCAGGUGGAGCUGCGAUGCUGAGGAUCAACUACGUGAGGAUGAAGAGCCCCGACGUGAUGAAGAAUCAGAAGAUCGUGGUGCAUUCCUUGUCCCUGCCGUUCCCUCAUCUUCACCCUGCGUCACUCCAUGGUCUGGUCAACCGUCACAGUCACAUCGAGGAGAACGUCGGCACAAAUAACCAGAGUAUGAAGGGCUCGUGCGCUGCUCUUGAGGAGCACGAAGGCUGCGAGGUGAUUCCUCCAUGAAAUUUCCCUGGUCUGUGACCCUUCGUUUUGCCCACCUUCCGGUCAUUUUUACUUUCCUUUUCCUGUUCCUGUCGGUGUCGAUUCACCCAGCAUGUUUUCGGUUUCUUCAUCUCUUUACUUUUUCUUUCGUUGCGGGCGUCUUUGAAUCAGUUCGAAUUGUGGGACUUGCUUCAAUAGAAAUUGAACUGCUUACAGAGAAAUGAAUGGGUAACAUCCCAUCGUGCUGCUCAUG